CAGAUUUUUGCCAUUUGAUUUUUUUUAAUAUCUUAGUUCUGUUGAACCAAUUAUCUCAUGCACUAUAAGAAUUAAGAACAAUCUUAUUUAAGUUAAAAAUAUAAGAAGACAAUGGCUUUACAAAGAAGACUUCUACAAUUUAUCAACAUUACGAAACCAUGUGAGAAGCUUUGUAGCAUAAAAAAUUAUAGUGCACAAGCGGCAUCGCAAAGAGAUGACGGAGAGAAACGAAAAACGCAUUUUGGUUUUGAAACUGUUGAUGAAGAUGAAAAAACUAAAAAAGUUCAUCAAGUAUUUGAAACCGUAGCAGAUAAAUAUGACACAAUGAAUGAUUUGAUGUCAUUUGGAAUACAUCGAGUUUGGAAAGAUAUUUUUAUGAUGAGAUUUGCUCCUACUCCUGGAACUAAACUUUUGGACAUGGCUGGUGGAACAGGUGACAUUACAUUUAGGUAUAUUAAUUAUUUAAGAAAUCGAACAAACUCUAGUACGGAGAAGCGUAGCAGUGUAACUGUUAGUGAUAUCAACCAGAGUAUGCUAAAUGUGGGGAAACUUCGUGCUGAAAAACAAGGCUAUUUAAAAAAUUCACCAGUGGAUGUGGAUUGGCUGUGUGCAGAUGCAGAGCAGCUCCCCUUACCUGAUGAAUGUUAUAAUGCAUACACUAUUGCAUUUGGCAUUCGAAAUUGUACCCAUAUUGAUAAGGUAUUGGAGGAGGCUUACCGUGUGCUGCAGCCUGGAGGACGCUUCAUGUGCCUGGAGUUCAGUCAACUACCUAAUUCUACUAUGCAAUGGGUGUAUGACCAAUACUCAUUUCAAAUGAUCCCAGUGAUGGGACAGUUAGUAGCUGGUCAGUGGAAGCCUUAUCAGUAUCUUGUUGAAAGUAUUCGUCAGUUUCCAGAUCAGGAAAAAUUUAAAUCAAUGAUUGAAGAUGCUGGCUUUAGACAAGUAACUUAUGAAAAUUUAACAUUUGGAGUGUGUGCUAUACAUUCAGGAUUUAAACUCUAGUUAAUUAGUUGUAUGUUAAGUAAAGUUUGUAUCUGAAAUAAAACAAAUGAUAAUUUCCAUUGAAUUUAUUAAAGUCCAUCAAAGUCUGUCGGUCUUUGGAAUGCAGAUCCAGUACCUAAAUUACAAUUGAACAUUUACACUACAAUAUCAAAUAAUCGACACAAUCUGUCGCAUCAAAUAAAAAUACAACGCGUUUAAUCUAAUGUUUAAUUUCACGUGGAUAGACACUCGGAAUAACAGGAAUACAUCGCCACUAUCCUCUCGUUCGAUCGCCACACUCAUCCUCGAUCACUCCAGUCGGAACCACUACAACCAGUCGGGCACAGGCCGAUACAAGCUCGACAAGCAUGCUACGAAUGACAUCAACUGUUAGGUGAGACUAAUGAGCAAAGCCAGAGCCCGUCGCCUCGCCGGCCUACGUCUAGAUAACGCAGACAUCGAGAAGCGGAUAGUGUUAAGGGUAUGUCAAACAAACAUUAAUCUUUCCGGUACGGAGCGUGCACUCGACGUAAGUUAUUUGGCAAAAA